ACAGGUGAAACACGUGAAAUAUGCUGAAUUGAUGCUAUUUAGACCGUGUCUUCCCUUUCUAUCAGGUGUGAUUAAGGCUAACCAUCGAGUUUUUACAAAAGACGGACAGAUAGACGCCCGAGUGAUCGUAAUAAGGCAAUUGGUAGGGGUGUUGAAUUUUUCCCUUUAUUUCAUCCCCUAUUUUCGGGCUUUCCUUUUGAAAUAGAAGAAAAGAGUGAUAUAAUUAGCCAUGCUCAUACACGGUGAAGGAGAAAUACUGUUGCCUGAGUAUUUGCACUUUGGCAAAUGGAUUUUGGAUCGACUGAGGGGAACAGACCCUGAGCGUGCGUGUUUGAUUAGCUGCACUACAGGCUCCAUAAUGACAUACAAGGAGGUAUCCCAGUAUGCGGUCAGGCUGGCAGUUGCUCUGACGCAGCGAGGUGUGGGGAGGGGGGACACGGUAGUGGUGGCAGGUGAACCCCCCCUCGUUUUCCUCCCCACGAGGCUCGCUGUGUUACUGACGGGCGCGACACUCACUCUUAUAGAAACGGGGUGUGGCGAAGCAACCUUCAAACACAAGCUAAACUUAACAAGACCAUCAUAUAUAAUCUGCACUCAACGAAUCUUGAAUAUCUACGGCGCCGUUCUAAAGCGUUCGGAUUUCAUCAAAACCUUCAUUUGUUUUGACGACGUUGAGGGCAUUGAGUCCGUGGAUACCCUGGUAUCCAGUGAAGACGUGGAUGUGGACCAGUUCGAGCCUUCGGCCGUGGAGCAGACGGACGUGGCUAUGGUUUCCUUCUCGUCAGGAACUACGGGAAUGUCUAAAGGCGUGCUUCUGACACACCUUAAUCUUAUUACGAGAACCCAAGCGAGUACACAGUGGUACUUUGACUACAAUUCUUCUCACUCCGAACCCUUGCGAGUCGGUUACGCUGCGGAGCCGGAUUGUACCUCGUUUUAUGACGUCAAGAUGAUGCUCACGUUGAUAUGCUCCGGACAAACGGUUGUGUACUCGGAUACCGAUGUGGACUUGAAGUAUGUUAAUGAAUUUCGGGUGCAUAUGAUGCCUACCGUGCCUGCGAUUGCAGAAAUGCUGAUUAAUUCUGAGGACGAUUUGAGCUCGCUCAAGUUUGUGUGUAUCGCUGGCUCAACGCUUAAUCGCCGGACCGCAAAACUGUUGCAAGAAAGAUGCCCCGACAUCAAACUAGUACUUUUAUAUGGCACUACAGAAUCUGGCUCAAUAGCCACAACACAGAAUAAGGCGUUUGACUACGAUGUGGUGAACGAAGACCCGAGAGCAGAGGGUUAUUGCGUUGGCUACGCUGUUCCAGGGGUUACGGUCAAGAUCGUAGAUGUGGAAACACGAGAGAUCCUUGGUCCAAACCAACGUGGAGAGUUGUGCGUUCGCGGUCCACGUCUCAUGAAGGGCUACCUGGGGGCUACCGAGCCCUACCUAGACCAGCAGGAAUACUACCUGACAGGCGAUCUCGGCUACUUCGAUGACCAAAAACGCAUAUAUUUGGUGAACCGGCUGAAAGAUGUGAUUAAUUACAUGGGAGAAAAGAUUUCCCCCGGAGACGUGGAAGCCGUGUUGCAGCAGCACCCAGCAGUACAAGAGGCUGCAGUGGUGGGGAAACCAACCGAAGUGGAGGGGGAGGAGCUACCCACCGCCUUCGUGGUGAUACGAUCCGGCGCCACCGCUACUGAGACCGAGCUGGUCGACUAUGUUGCCAGCCAGGUAACCAAAUACAUGCAGCUUCGUGGCGGCGUAAGGUUUGUCCCAGAGCUUCCCAGGAGCGUUAUGCAGAAGGUCCUACGCAGGCGUCUCAAGGAGAUGCUGGCACAUGAGUGAGCGGGACAAGACGUGCGACGCUGUCUCACUCAAACACACGCAUGACAAGUACAUGAAACCAUAAGAAGUACAUAUUUCUGAUGACAAUGAAUUAUCGUGUUUUGAUCUUGACAGCCCUAAUUUAGCAAAUAUACAGAGAUAUUACUCGUUUUAUUAACCCCCGACGCAAAAACGACGGGGUGUUAU